AUGGCUGUAAGAGCCGGCCUUGAUGUUUUUGUCAUUGACUACAAAACCCCAGAAAUAGAUUUCAAAUCGUGUAAAAGUGGACUUCUUCAUAGAAAAGUAAAACAGAUUGGAAAUAAAGACUACGAGAUUGUCUUACCAACUGGCACCAAGGUAAAGGCAGUUCAAACCCGUCAAUCAGGUGAAUGGGACAGAUUUAUGGAAGUUGACAUCUAUCCAGGACUUCCUGAUAAAGGAUCAGUGGACGGCCUGUGCGGAAACUUUGACGGGAACUCUGAGAAUGAUGUCGAAAUAUCAUCCACGCCUAUAAUUGCCUCGUUUUAUCCAAUUAAAGAAUCGUCUUUACAGAAAUACACAGUAAAUGCAACAAUGGAUCUUUUUAAUCCUAACAUCUACGAAGGCCUAACAGACAUUAACAGUCAAGUCAAGUUCUGUGAGUGUGGAGAAGAAAACCUAAUAUCGGCGCAAAAAGGGCACUUUGAGGACACGAAAAUUCUAUGUAAGGCAGAUACCAAAAACACUUGUGUGGAAGAUGGAAGUGUUGAUUUUCAUACUUGUGCUGUAGCGAGAAAGAAACGAUCUAUUGAUCGCCAUUUAUCCGCUAAUACCAAACUUGGAGCGACCAAUGAGAUAACAUCAUCAACGGCUUGGGCAAGAAUCCACAUUGAAGCUAUUAAGGAGACAUGUGUAGAACAUGUUAAAUUCAACCAACCUAUCCCUCCUGAAGUUUUUCGUAACGUGACUGCAACCCCAAAAGAGUGGUUUACUAAUACUACUAACCAAACGGAAAUUAAUGAAACAGGAAAACCUACAACGACUCCAACUCCAGUUCCAGCUUAUACACCACUCUUCUCAGUUGAUGUUCUUGAAACUAUUGCUAGUGUUGCAUGUCCCGGUGACUGUAAUGGACACGGAGAUUGUGUAAAAGGUAAAUGUAACUGCAGUGCUGGCUUUUUUGACAUCGACUGUGGAUUAGAUAUUCGGCAACCACCAAUAAUAUCGGGAAUUCCUGAUAUGGGGCUGUGUGAUGUGCAUCAACGAGACUGUGCUAUGACGUCAAUACUGGGAAGGAAAUUUGUAAACAGCAAAAACCUAACCUGUAAAUUUAAAUCAUUUCAGGUAAGGGAAAACAGCUCGUUUUUAUAUGCUGACCAUUUUAUAACGAUUCCCGGAGAAUUAGCGACGUCGGUUGAGGUCAGCUGCAUUUUGCCAACAAUACGCAGAAAGCGUUUUGAUUCGGACAAAGACACUGGGGAACAUAUCGCGACAGGAUAUAACGUCUCAAUAAGUAACGAUGGCUUAGCGUUUAGUGAUGAGGACUCUUUCAUCGUUUAUGAUUCUACUUGCGUAACUUGCUCCCCAACAGCUAUCGGACAGAUAUCAUGCUCAAUGAAGGUACCAAUGCGGAAAUAUGCACAGACACUCAAACUAAUGUUUUCCCGUAGAAACAGUAUUCUGGAGAAAGCUUGA